GCUCUGUUCCUGUAAGCCUGUGGGUGGAUCCAAGGUUGCGUUUUUAGACGGAAAGGGGAUCAUCUUUUAAAAAGUUGCUGUUUUCAUCAAGCAUUUUUUCGGAAUAUUUAUAAACUUUUUUUGUGAUACAUAGUCUUCGAACUAAUUGGCAAGAUGACAAAGUGUGUUUUAUUACUAGUACAUAUUCUCGGAGCGCUUCAUAUUAUUGCCGGAGCAGAUUGGUCGUAUGCGGGCAGCACGGGGCCUGGAAAUUGGCAGGAUUCUUACUCUGAGUGUGGUAAAAGUGCCCAGAGUCCUAUUGAUUUGCCUGUCACUAAGUAUUAUAACCCGGAACUGACACCAUUCAACUUCAACAACUAUAACAAUCCCGCAUACUUUACACUGAGGCUCCACAACAAUGGCCACGGGGCCCAAGUUGACGUCACUUCCGGCAAUUCUGAUGAUGUCACCAUCACUGGCGGAGGACUUCCGGGAACAUUCAAGGCUGCACAAUACCAUUUCCAUUGGGGAUCAGAUGAUACUCGGGGCUCUGAGCAUACCAUGAAUGGCACAAUGUACCCUAUGGAAGUACAUAUCGUCCAUUACAAUACUAAGUACGCAGAUAUCGGCGAGGCAGUAGAUAAGCCUGAUGGAUUAGCUGUCCUUGGCGCCUUCUUUAAGAUCGACCCUUCAGACAACGUAGACUAUGCCCCGAUCGUAAAUGGCCUAGAAAAUAUACCAUAUUAUGAGAAUGCAACGCAAAUCGCAUCUUUUGAUUUGAUGAAAAUGCUGCCUACAAACCUGGUCAGGUUCUUCCGUUAUCAAGGCAGUCUUACCACUCCCGCCUGUCAUGAAAGUGUCACAUGGACAGUAUUUGAGGACACCAUUCCUAUAUCAGCUUUCCAGAUGUCUAAGUUCCGUACAAUAUUAGACAACACAAAUAAUGCGACCGUAGAUAACUACCGUCCUGUCCAGCCAUUGAAUGGACGAAAUGUGUACGUCAGCUAUCAAGAAACCCCAGCCACCUGGAGUUACCAUGGGAGCAAAGGACCCGAUUAUUGGGCCAGUGCCUACCCCCUCUGCAGCGGAGACAACCAGAGCCCUAUUGACCUGCCACCAACGGAUUUCAUGGCCUAUGACCAAGGCCUUGGCAUGUUUGAGAUGACGAACUAUGAUAAUGCUACUAUGCACGAGCCAACAAUUUACAACAAUGGGCACGGAGUGCAAGUUAAUUUUGGUGGAAACGUGGCUGUUACGAGCAGAAAUGGCGGAUUACCAGGAACAUUCAAGUUAGCCCAAUUUCACUUCCACUGGGGGGCAAACAACGCUAUGGGAUCGGAACAUUUAUAUCGCGGCCGAUCCUACCCAAUGGAGGUUCACUUUGUUCAUUACAACACGAAGUACGGAAGCUUGGGAAAUGCUGUGGACAAGGCCGAUGGUCUCGCUGUCUUUGGCUUCUUCUUCGAGAUUGGACACGUCCAUAAUUGCAAUUACAAUCCCGUGGUUGACAAUCUACAUAAAAUAAAAUAUCCUAAGACCACCGCUAGGAUCGACUCAUUCAACAUUCGCUAUAUGAUGACAGAAGAUAUGUCUCGUUAUUAUCGUUACAAUGGAAGUCUAACUACCCCCGCUUGUUACGAGAGCGUCACAUGGACUGUAUUUGAAGAGACUAUUAAAAUCUCCAGAGAACAGCUUGCCAAGUUCCGGGAAGUAUUUGACACCAGUGGUCACAGGACUGUGGACAAUUUCAGACCAACACUUCCGCUUAAAACUAGAGUCGUCUACCUCAGCUACAACAACUUCAAGUACGCAGGCGCAGCAUCAUCUAUAUCCGGGACACACUUCCUGAUUGCAAUACUGGCAGCCGUAGCGACUCUGUUUUAUUGACCACAAUGGCAGUUAAUGAAUAUCUUGCCACCAAAAUCCAAACGAUGACUGUUUUUCUUUCAUCAUUCACAAAUAAUACCUAAUAAACAAUGACAAAUGUGCAAGAUGAAAUUUCUUUGGACACUGACAUUGACUGCGAUGUUGAAGAAUCGCAAAACAGUAAAGUGAACUCUUGUAUAUGCGGUGAUUUUGAUAUUACUUUUAACACUAUGAAGACCAAUGCAAUUUACUAGAAACUGUUUUAAAUAUGGUUUCAAAACCUUAUUGAUAAUGAACGUCACAAAAGGACAUUAUCACCGGGAAUAUCAUUAUAUCUUUUAAAACGCAAAUCCGAUUUAUACGAAAAUCAAACUCCAUGACAGUCAGCAUUAAUUGACAAUCUUGUUUUCUAUAUCUGCAUAAUUUGGGUAUGUUUAUUAUUUUCAAAUGGAAAAUAAUCGAGUGUAACUUUUUUUUCACAAUGAAAAUGUGCUAUUUUUAACUGGGGCGAAAUUAAUUGGUCCAGGAAACAAGGUAUGCCAAUAUGGUAUAAUAUGAUAUUCUCUUAACUUGUUUUAAUAAGAACCCUUUUAUAACG